CCGGGCGGCGGCGGCGGCGGCGGCUCUAGCUCGAGGCCUCGGCGGUGCCCGCGCGCUGCGCCGCAGCCAUGGCCCUGGUGACCCUGCAGCGCUCGCCCACGCCCAGCGCCGCCUCCUCCUCGGCCAGCAACAGCGAGUUGGAGGCUGGCAGUGAAGAAGAGCGAAAGUUAAACUUCAGCUUAAGUGAGAGCUUUUUCAUGGUGAAAGGAGCAGCUCUCUUCUUACAACAGGGAAACAGCCCUCAAGGCCAGCGGAGUCUUCAGCACCCCCACAAGCAUGCAGGGGACCUGCCCCAGCAUCUUCAAGUGAUGAUAAACCUCCUGCGUUGUGAAGACAGAAUCAAGCUGGCCGUGCGCUUGGAGAGUGCCUGGACAGACCGGGUCCGGUACAUGGUGGUGGUAUAUAGCAGCGGGCGCCAGGACACUGAAGAGAAUAUCCUGCUGGGAGUUGACUUCUCCAGUAAAGAAAGUAAAAGCUGCACCAUUGGGAUGGUUCUCCGAUUGUGGAGCGACACGAAAAUCCACCUUGAUGGCGACGGUGGAUUCAGUGUGAGCACAGCAGGAAGGAUGCAUAUAUUUAAGCCUGUGUCUGUUCAGGCCAUGUGGUCUGCCCUGCAGGUGCUUCACAAGGCCUGCGAAGUGGCACGAAGGCACAACUACUUCCCCGGGGGCGUGGCUCUCAUCUGGGCCACCUACUACGAGAGCUGUAUCAGCUCCGAGCAGAGCUGCAUCAAUGAGUGGAAUGCCAUGCAGGACCUGGAGUCCACGCGGCCCGACUCCCCGGCACUGUUUGUGGACAAGCCAACUGAAGGGGAAAUGACUGAGCGCCUCAUCAAAGCCAAACUCCGAAGCAUCAUGAUGAGCCAGGAUCUAGAAAAUGUGACCUCCAAAGAAAUCCGUAAUGAAUUAGAGAAACAGAUGAACUGUAACUUGAAAGAAUUCAAGGAAUUCAUAGACAAUGAGAUGCUACUUAUCUUGGGACAGAUGGACAAGCCCUCCCUUAUCUUCGAUCAUCUUUAUCUCGGCUCUGAAUGGAAUGCAUCCAAUCUGGAGGAACUGCAGGGCUCAGGGGUUGACUACAUUUUAAAUGUCACUAGAGAAAUAGAUAAUUUUUUCCCUGGCUUAUUUGCAUAUCAUAACAUCCGAGUCUACGAUGAAGAGACAACAGACCUUCUAGCCCACUGGAACGAAGCAUAUCAUUUUAUAAACAAAGCAAAGAGGAACCAUUCCAAGUGCCUGGUGCAUUGCAAAAUGGGUGUCAGUCGCUCUGCUUCCACGGUCAUAGCCUAUGCCAUGAAGGAAUUUGGCUGGCCUCUGGAAAAAGCAUAUAACUACGUGAAGCAAAAGCGCAGCAUUGCACGACCCAAUGCGGGCUUUAUGAGGCAGCUGUCUGAGUAUGAAGGCAUCUUGGAUGCAAGCAAGCAGCGGCAUAACAAGCUGUGGCGCCAGCAGGCAGAGAGCAGCCACCAGCAGCCUGUGGAUGACCCCAUAGGACUUGGCGACUUCUUGCCAGAGACCCUGGAUGGCCCCCCAGACACCCGGCUGCCCUGCUUGGAAGAUGCCGCCCAGCCUGGGUUCCCAGGUGGCAGGGCCCCAGCAGGGCCUGCUCUCCCCUGCUGCUUCCGUCGACUCUCAGACCCCCUCCUGCCUUCCCCUGACAGUGAAUCUGGUAGCUUGGUCCAGCUCGAGGAUCUGGAGAGGGAGGCUCUGCUGGAGGAGGCAGCUCAGCCCACAGAAGUGCGCAAGCCAGCCAGACAUGCCCAGGAAGGUUCUGGGCUCUGUGAAAAGGACAUAAAGAAGAAACUAGAGUUCAGAAGCCCCAAAGCCCAGAGUUGCUCCUUGCUGCAGGUGGAGGAGAUGGAAAAGGAAGAGGGUCCGGGAGGAGGACAGUGGGGGCAGCCCCCAACCCAGCUGGACAGAAACCUGCUCAAUCGGGAGAACCUAAAUAACAACAACAGCAAGAGGAGCUGUCCGGAUGACUUUGAGCAUGAUGCUAUAUUUGGGAUCCUUAACAAAGUGAAGCCUUCCUAUAAAUCCUGCGCCAACUGCAUGUACCCGACAGCCAGCAGGGCUCCUGAGGCCUUCAAGGAGCCAUGUGAGGACCCUCGUGGUCCCGCCAUCUGCACUCAGCCAGCCUUCCUACCCCACGUCACAUCUUCCCCUGUGGCCCACACAGCCAGCAAGACCCGAGCUCCAGAGAAGCUGGCUUCUGGCCUAGCCGAAACUCCCCCAUUCCUACCACCAGCAGGCUCGAGGAGGUCAGACACCAGUGACUGUGGGGCCUGGGCCACCCCAGAACUACCUGCUAGCCUGUUGGAACCUUCCAGAGAGACCCCAAAACUUCUGCCAAAGUCCCUCCUUUUGAAGAAUUCUCACUGUGAAAAGAGCCCUCCCAGCAUGGAAGUGGUGAAGGAAGAAUCAUCACCCAAGAGAGACCCGAAGCCAGCCAAGGACCGCAGGCUUCUGUUCAGUAAUGAGUCUGAGAAACCAACAACCAACAGCUACUUGAUGCAGCACCAGGAAUCCAUCAUUCAGCUGCAGAAGGCAGGCUUGGUCCGCAAGCACACCAAAGAGCUAGAAAGGUUAAAGAGUGUGCUCCCAGAUACAGCAUCUGCCUGCAGGGACAGCCCUACCAGCAGGCUGGAGGCCAGCAUACCCGAGGAGAACCAGGAUCUGGUGGCUGUCCAUGAGCCAGGGUCCCCAGCUUCGCCCAGCCAAGCUGGGAGGGAUGAGAAAGCAGAGGCCACCCCCUCUCUGUUGGAAGGAGCCUCCCUGAAGAGCCCCACUCCCUUUCUCUACCGCCUGGAUCACACCAGUCAUUUCUCAAAAGAUUUUCUAAAGACCAUCUGCUACACCCCCACCUCAUCCUCCAUGAGCUCCAACCUGACUCGGAGCUCCAGCAGUGACAGCAUCCACAGCGUCCGCGGGAAGCCGGGGCUGGUGAAGCAGCGCACGCAGGAAAUCGAGACCCGGCUCCGGCUGGCGGGCCUCACCGUCUCCUCCCCACUGAAGCGCUCCCACUCUCUCGCCAAGCUCGGAAGUCUUAACUUCUCCACGGAGGACCUGUCCAGUGAGGCCGACCUGUCCACCCUCGCUGACUCCCAGGAUGCCAAGUUGAGUGAGUCUUCCCUCUUGCAUGAGCCCCAGGCAGCCCCAAGGAACCCAACUGCAACCUCCAAACCAUUAGGGAAAUUGGCCCCUGGAAACUUGAAAAGCCCUUCAUGGAUGAGCAAAAGCUGACCCGCCUUUUGCUGCGUUGGGACGUAUAUUUUCAUAUGAUCCCUCCCGUAGUUUCACUGUGGAUUUUGGUCAGCCCCUUAACAUCUUGAUUUCCCUUCGACAAUUGAAGUCUUCCUGCUCUCCCCCCAUCCCCCACCUUGGAGAGGAGGAGGAGAAGAAAAUAACUCACAUGCAGCACAAGAAGAAAGGGGAGAUGCAGUUGUGUAGCCCAGGAGACCUGGAAACUGUUGGCCAGUGCACACCACAUUCUGGUCCUCAAGUUCCAUGUUCUCAAGAAGAGUCAUGUUUUAAGAGAACGUACAGAUAUGCACACACAUCCAGAAUAUUCCAUGUGCAACAUGUGAAAGAAGAGCUGUGGUGAUGACAUCAUCACUGCAGCACAGGUUCCUAGCUCAUCCCUGCCCUUGGGGGAAAACUCUUGGAUGGCAACAUAAGUCCUACCUCUGUUCUUGCUGUGCUUUUUAUUUUUAAAAUACAAGAAUGAGGCUCGCUGCAGGGAAUAAUGCUGUUUCAGAAAGGGUUUUUCCAAAAAAAAAUUUUUUUUUUUGGUUGGGACCCCAGAAGUGUCACAACUUUUAGCUUGAUUGCACCAAGCAUGGCUAGGUAAAGUCAUCAGUGUAAGGCAUCCGGUGCCAUUGUUGAACUCACUGUGUGCCGAGCAGCAGUCAUCUAUGCCGUUAAAGUUCUCUGUCCUGGUUUUUUUGUUACAGCUGAACGAUGUGUGUUUGGCCAAUACUGGCGUCAGGUGGGUAGCAUGUAUGAGGUGUUCUCAGUUGUUGCUAGUGGUGAGGUUUAAAUCACCCCCAACUUUGAGGGGGAAGCACCUCAAAGUACUUUUGAGCCUCAAAUACUGCUGAACCAGAUGCAGUUGUGUUUAGGUUUCAAAAGCACUCAAGUGUCCAGCAGGGGCAGUGAUUCUGAAACACGAUCGCCCUGCUGGGAGCCCUGGCACUCAGGUUCACAAGGUCCCAUCUGUUCAUUAUGGGGAGAGAAAGGAGAUGUCAGCAGUGAGGAACUUGUAGAUCCCUCUCCAGCAGCAACUCAGCAGUAGUUUCUCUGAGGAAUGAGACUGUUGAGCAGCAUCACAAAGCUUUACAGUCACCCCUUCCUGUAGUGAAACUUCUGCUCCCUGUUUCUCUCCAGCUCUUCCCAGUGGUAAUGGUGGAGUAAAGGAGGCAUCUGUAGCCUGAGCCUCAGCUCUGUGGGUAGCACCCAUAAGAGGCAGGUGAGCCAGCGAGACAUAUAGCUCUGGGCUGUCAUUCAGCAAGGUUAUUAAAAUAUCCUGAAGAGAGAGAAGCAGCAGCUUGUUAGAAAGGCAGAAAGACUUAAUUUAGGGAGCAGCAAACUAUGGUGUAUGGCCCCAUGAGCUAAGAAUGGUUUUUACAUUUUUAAGAGGUUAAAAAUAAUAAUAAUAAUAAUAUGCAACAGAGACCAUGUAGCCCACAAAGCCUAGAAUGUUUACUGUCAGGCCCUUUGUAGAAAAAGUUUGCUGACUCCUGAUUUUGUUGAACAACCAGCAAAUCUGAAGCCCUUCCCUGCUUCUUCAACACCUCAGGUCAUACCCUUGCCUCCUCCCGACCCCAGGCCUUGCAGGGCACCCCAGCUUGCCACUCCUGUGCAGGAUGGAGCAGUUGUGUAUGCGGGGGACACUAUUGGCUAAAGCUUUUCCACAGUUCCAUCUUACUUCACAGCUGGGUCAGCCAGAUUAACUUAGUGAAACCAAGAAGCCUUCAAGGGCCAGCCAAAUUCUGAAAGUGGGUAAAUGAGUUGCCAUUUUACAUUGCAUAGAACUGGGCCCCUAAAGGAGCCAUUUUGGAGGGCACCCUGGGUGGGGUCUUCAGAAACAAAGCUUCUUCAUAUUUCAAUUAGUGGGUAGAAUUUUUGCAAAAACCUUCUCUCUGGGAACUUUUUCUCUGAUGUGAUUCUUUUAUAUAUAUGUGUGUGUAUAUAUAUAUAUACACACACAUUAUUUUUAUUUAAAGGAAUCUGUUUUCCCACUAGUGUCCAUUGAAAUUACCUUAAAAGGUGAUUAUCCAUUUAUUCCUGAAACCCUAUGGGUUUCCCCCUCCCUCAGCCAACAGAAGCAUAUUUUCAAAAAAAUACCAAGUUUUGCCAAAUUAAAUUUCAUAUGGUAGAUCAAUUUUUUUAUCAAAAUAAUCCUUUAAAUUUGGGAAUGACAGGCUUAUGUUGGUUUUAAACCGUGUCUGUGUAUGAGAAUGACAUCCUGUUGAAACUUUAAUUUUGAAAGUCAUAAUUUUUCUUACCCAGUUAGUCACGGGUGUGUGGGAAGAUUACAAAUGCAAGUGGGUCUUUGGCUUUUGGCAAACAUCUAUUCAUUUCCAGAAGCCCAGCUAACAUGCCAACAUCUAAACAGACCAGGACACGGGUCCUCAUCACCAGAGCAAAAUGAAGCAUUCUUGAUUUGAUGGUUCAUACCCUGGCCUGGAGAAAAGGAUAAGGAUUUUUUCCGAGACCCAGACCAGUUGCAUGUAAACAUACGGCAAAUUGCUAUUUAAAAUGUUAUACUAACAAGAUGAACAUUCUGCCAGGCUUGGGGGUACCUUGGCAAAGACGAAUUCAUACUGGUCUCUGGAAAGAAAAAGUUUGCUCUGAAAGAUAUGCCAUGUCCUGGCUGAUGCUUUGUAUGUCAUCUUAUCUGGUAGGGAAAAUUCCAAACGUGACACAAGAGAGAGGCAGGCAGAGGUUUAGGCUGUGCAGGUCAGUGAUUUUGGUGACUGCCAUUUUCAUUGAAUGCCCCUGUUGAAUUAGGAAGAAUGGAAAUUUUUCUAAACCAGCUUAACACCUUGUGUAUUCAACUGCGUUUUGUCUUUCACCUCACCUUAGUUCCUACGGCAUGCCAAAAGUUAGACUGAGCUUUUCUACAUCUUUUUUUUCGCAUUGAUACAGUAAGGUCUUCUCAUCAAGUUUUGAGUAUAAGUGGAUACUGGUCAUAAGGAGGGGGAAAACCAGGCUGCCCUCUGAUUGUAAUUUGACAGUGCAGAUUUCCAUUUCUUUGUCUUAUAGCUACUUCAGGGUCUUUGAGCAACGUCCCUGGUUGCAUGAACUUCCUAAGAACAAGGUUUCUUUCUCUUGCAUUCCCUGCCUCUUUGCUCUGACCUUUGGGUAGGAGCCCUUCUCCAUGGCACCCUGUUGCUCAUGCAUGUAGAUGACUCAGCAGGUGUUCCAGCUAAAGAGCAUUCCAGUCACUUCUAAAGCCCUUUCCCCCUGGAUAAGCCCAGAGGAUGUUGCAGGAUGGAGCUGAGGUUGAAUAGAAUAGACCUUCAGGACAACCCUGUGAUUGUGUGCUCUUGUCUCAGGGCCCAUCCUGGAAGGUGAAUGAAUCCUCUGCUCCCCUGGGGACCAUUUCUCCCAGGUGGGAACAAACACUGCAUCAUUUAGUCAAGAUCAUAUUAAGUAACCCCACCCAAGGUAUGUAAAGAGGGAAUUGCUUCCUGUUGGCUGGAAAUUCUUGGUGCCAGAAUACAUUUCACCUGACCCUACUCUUGGCUGGCCACCUAACAGGACUUUACCUCUAGCAAGAGAUCUAGGGAGAUGGGAAACUUGGUGACACCUGGACAACCGGUGCAGUUUCACUUGUCCUGGUCCCUCCACCCAGUUCCUGCUGACGUUGCAGGCAAAAUGGAGGUCAUUGAAUUACCAUCAUACAUAGCCCUUGUUCUGUCACUUUCUGCUCUACAAUUGACCACCUAUGAGUAUGAGUCCAUCUACAUAUAUAUAUGAGUAUAUGUAACGAAUCAAAUUAUCAUGUGCUUCACUUCUCUGUCAUCCACACAUGUGCUGUGUCACCUGAGCUACCAAGCGAGUCCCUUGGCCGAUCUGGAGUAGUGCUAUGCAGUGCCGCCCCAGUUCAGUCUGGAGAUGAGUUCCUUGUUCUUGUUUUGCAGUAGGUGCUAUUGCCCCAGCUUCCAUCACUCCCUUAGACAAGAGUCUAGAAGCAGCUCACCAGUCCUCUACUGCCCUCUCUGUCAGUCUUGCUGCAUGAGAAGAUAGCUGCUUUCUCCCUCUUUUCUGACACUGUAAUUAUUGUUUUACAAUUGAGUGCCUUAAUAAUAGUUUACAAAUACUGUGUAUUUGUGCGAAACUGUUAAACUCUCAUCUUUUGUGAUUGGAUACUUUGUCUUGUCAGCAGUGGUUGGUAUUAGGACUUGAGCUUGUCCUAUUCCAGACUUGUGCUUAUUCUGCUAUGCAGUUUUUACAUUGUGUGUUCACAGCUAUUCCAAGGAAUCUUGCUAGAAAGAACCCUGGUAGUUCCUGCCAACGAGGCAGGCAUUGGCUCAUGCCAUGUUCCAUAGUAGCCAAUGAAAGAAUGUAAUUUGGUUUGCUAGCCAGCUGGGGGGUGGCACAGGCCAAGUGUCCUCUGAACCACAGCCCAGCACCUCACCCAUUGCCCUGAUCACACAAUUGCACUCUUGUUGAAUAGAGAUUUUAUUACCACCUAGGCCACCCUGUUUUUCUGCUUUGUUUGUGUCCUGAGCUCUUUGGCAACAAAAUGUAGGUACAGGUUCCCCCUGCCCUGCCCGCCCCCUCAAAAUCAGGAGCUCCUCAAGACAAGUUGAUCUUUGGUCUUCAGAAGCUGCCAGUGGGUUCCCGUGUGUUAUGUUACAGUAUCAAUGACUUUUUUAUUAUAUUGUUUUUCCUCUUGUUUUUUUUUAUAUUAUGUAUUUAAAAGGCAGUAUCUUUUGUACUGUGAAUUUGCAGUAGAAUAUGCAUAAUGCACUUUUUUUUUUUUUACUUCUGUUGGUGUGUAUUGUAUAUA